ACCUCUCGAAAAACCUUAUAUCUAUUGGAACACAUGUUGACAGUAAUACUCAUAUUGCACGCAUCCACUUGCCUUUGGUUUGCUCUUCAUCAGUCUAAAAGUAUACAAUUUAGUCUUCUGUUGGACGGAUCACCUGGAGAAGUAGCUUCUCGGAAGUUAAAGUUUAAUAGUUAUAAGUCGUGCUGGUAUUAUUGCGCUUGCCGCCUAUACAACGUUAUAUUUGGAGACGCUUUUCCGUUGUAUGACCUCGAGAAAUGGUUGACGUCAUUUCUCAUGUUGUUUGGUUUCGUCUUCAUGAGAUAUCGGUUCAUUGGAGCUAUUUCCUGGGAGUUGGUGUUGGAAAACAGUCGCAGAGCUCUUUUUGUUGAUCGGUAUCAUCACAUGGUGAACUAUUUACGAUUUCGAGGAGUUCAGCCUUGCUUACUGGAUCAGGCAAAGAAGUACAAAGAGUUGUUGUGGGAGAUGAAGGAUGGUGUGCUAACGUCUAGACAGUUGCAAAAAUUGCCACAGCCUUUGCAAAUGGAGUUGAUCUUUGAUAUCAACGUUGGAUACUUCCAUAGUUCAUUGCUGUUUAGGGAUACGGAUGAAGCAUUCAUGAGACAAAUAUCUCUACUCAUGAAACAUGAGAUUUACCUCGCUGGACAGCAGAUCUGGAGUCAGGGGGUGGUCAAAAAUGGCAUGAUGUGCGUUAAGAGGGGCAUCAUUGAGAUGUUGUCUGAUGAAGAUGAUGAAAGCCCUAUGAUUGCUUUUAAAGAAAACACGGUAUUGGGUGAGCUGAGCCUUUUCUACUCUAUACCGUCGAAGGUAACAGUGAAAGCGGCUACGUACGUCGAACUACAGGUACUACGUCGGACUGACUUCAUGCGAGUGAUAUCUGAAUAUCCCGCUAUGCUGCGUCAUAUUCGUGACAAAAUCAACGACAGGCUGAGCAAAACACGCCGAAGAAAGGAAUCAAUAAUGAAGUACGAUAAAGGGGAUUCGAGGCUCAUUCGAACUCGCUAUCGGCCCAUGAAAGUGCUCAAAGACAAUUUGGUCGGCGUCGAGGAAGAAGACCCGACGUUCGUAGAUGAUUCUCACAUGUAUUACAGAGAUGAAAAUAACGUUCGGCUACCUAAAUUUACGACUGAGUAUUUAGAGCUGUAUGAGGUGACCAGUAAUGUAACCACUAUUGAUGCGCCUCGGAUAUGUCUCAGAUCAAACUUUCCGUGGAUUUUGGAACCUAACACGGAUUUCACGUACAUGUGUGAUUUGGCACAUUUUGUAAUAGUGCUGUACGUAUGUGCGAUGUCUCCCUACUCGGCCAUCACGAACAGGCAGUUCGAGGCGGAGAAGGUCCUUGGAACCAUCGUCACCGCCGGCUUGCUACUCAACCUUUACGUUCAGCUCACAACUGCCAUUAUUGAUAAGAACAUUAGAAAAGAAACAGUAAAAGAAAUAACAGAAGUGAAAAUGUCUUCAUUUGGGUUUUACUUAGACAUCAUAUCUUUGUUUCCCGUGUACAUAUUUACCGAUACAUUGGAUCCUAAUGGUGAAACGGUGGCUGGACAAGCAGCCAAGUUGUUCCCCGUGCUGCAAGUGUGGCAUAUUUGGGAUUAUUUCGUCAAAUGGGAGAAGAAUUUUAACAGUCAUGUAAAGCUCUUGAGUCUAUUGAAGUUUUUCAUUCUGUUCUGCAUAUUUUGCUAUUGGUCUGGCUGUUUUUUGUUUUUGUUCGCGUGUCCAAGAACAUUGUGUCGUCAGAAUUCAUGGAUGUCACUGUUAAUCUACUGGGAGACGAAAGUGUUUAUGACGAAUGAUGCAAAGCACGAGCACCCCCAAUGA